AUGUGGACCAAGGCUCCACUACCACAGCUACAACAGCUCGGGGAUAUCGACAAACCACCCACUCAAAUGCUGCGAUCGUCUAUGUCGACGAUAUCUCUGAGAAUGAAAGCGGCCAAGUCAGCCAUCAGGAGGUCAACCAGCCUUCGUGGAUCGAAGCCUGUGUUCACAAACCGUUCCAUAAUCGUGGACGACGCUCCGUCUCUCGCGCCUAUCCGUAUCCAUUCCCCCAUCAAUCUUAACAAGCCUUUGCCUGAUCUGCCUGAAGACAGCAGCUCGAGAUCAGGCCCUGAAUCUGUAGCUGCCAACAAUGGUAUUGAGACUGAUGUAUCAGUCCGCGACUUUGAAGGGUAUCUUGACAUGCUGGCUUAUGUCAACAGGCAGUUACCGAUCAUUCCGACACCGCUCUGCUCACCAACGGGGGAUGUAUCCUCAUCACCGUCACUAUCUAUUAACAGCCCGCCAAAGGAGGAUGAAUGGAUAUCCUCUCGACCUCAGAGCCGGACAAGCACAAUCUUCUCUCACAACGACGAGGUCCGCCGAGUGAGAACUCAUAGUGGCUUGCUUUCCCGGAACAGUCCUGCUGGCAGGACCGUCACGCCGAUGUCAUCGCUUGGAUCAGAGUCAGGGCUACGAAUCAGCACGAGGGCUUCUCUUCACACGUCUGUGGUGACUUCAAGAAUUGAUGAGCUUAGCGAGCCAGAGACAUCACCGAGCCUGACACCGAAGAAUGAUGUGGCGACUACACCAAAGCAAUGUUGCCAUUGCGGUCGAGAUCCCACCAGGCGUGAUACUAAAGACACGUACUCGACCCCUUUGGCUGCCGUCAAGACCCAAGACGUGAUGGAUAUCAACUCCAGUCCUCUGACGGUCAUCAACAUCAGAGAACAUGAAAAGAAUUGGGAAAGAAAGACAGUUGGACCAAGCAUAACAGCUGAAGAUCAACUCGGUCGGCGUUUUGUAUUGUACCCUGAGACAUCCUACUUUGAAGUUCUUGAUGGGUUAGGAAAAGAGUCCACCGAGUCUUCUGCACAACGAACCCCGCCGAGCAGGGAAGUCUCCCCGUCGAGUCCGCUUACGCCUUCUCCAUAUGCACGACCGCUGAACCCGGACCCAUACGCCGAUGAGAACUCGCCUUCCAAGAGGGUUGUCUCCCCUUUCGAGCGACCCUCGAACCCCAGUCCCUGCGCGGGCUCCUCAAGCCCGCUUUCGGAACCAAUCGUCCGAGAUAAAGAGAUGGGCAAUGGGCAGGAGAACCCCGACAAGGACGAAGAUCAGAACAACUCUGACAAGGAAAACCAGCCUAGUUUCUGGAAAGACCCGGACGGAACAAUAGUGGUGUACGAAGGUAUCGCCCGUGACGGCGACGAGGUAUUCUACGGGUCCGAAAUCAACUAUCUGGGGUCAUUUUAUGACUGUGAAGAGGGCUCGUCUGGGCUUGGGAGUGUUGUUGAUCUCGUGGGGCUAUCUUCUGGCCUCCAUGUGAUCCCUGAGGAUAGGAGCUCCGAGGAUCUAGCAAUGUGGGACAGCGAGGUGCUUACCUUUGGCUGA